AAAUUGAAAACGCAUGCUUGUAUUUGUGUUACUUAAAUGUGAAUGAAACAAGUUUAAAUGUUAGCUAGAUGAUAUAUUGUUACCGCACAUUUUGUGGUUUCAAUAAAUGACAUAGAUAAUACGAAAUGUAAUAAAAAGUCAACGAGCAUAACAUUUCAUGGAUAUAAGAUAAGGACAUGUAUACCUCAAGUUUAAUCGCUGGAUAUUGAUGAUAUUUCUAUAUGCAGACAUACUCAGGGAUCAACAAUAAUAUGGUUGACCUGAAGAGUGUAGACCAGGGCUCAAUGCGAGGAUCCAUGUAGCCAUCCCCUGACAAAUUGACAUGCAGUAGACAAUAGACAUGGCCCGUGCAAUUGCAAACAUGACGCUAAUCGACGGUAACACUUCAUCCAUCAUGCCUCUAAAUCUCACAGAUACAUCUGUCAUGUUCAAUAUCUCGGAGGCGGAUGCAGGAUUCGACCUCCGACCAUGGAACACACUCGAAAAGGCUAUAUUUGGCACGUGGCUUACUAUCUCUAUGAUGUCUUCCCUAAUUGGAAAUUUAUUGGUGAUCAUCGUCGUUUUACGCCAUAAAGGGAUGCAAACUCGUACCAACAUGUUUUUAGUGAAUUUAGCAAUUGCCGACUUCUUAACGGGAUUACUUUUAGCCCCGUUCUCUUUAACGACUUUGAUUAAAGACAAGUGGAUAUUCGGAGAAACAAUGUGCAAUGUGAAUGGCUUUUUCAAUAGCGUUUGUUUGAUAACGUCCAUCCACACAAUGAUGUACAUAAGUAUACACAAGUAUGUUUCUAUCACUAGACCCUUUAGCCGAAUUUUAAAUCACUGGAAAAUCCUUAUAAUGUGUCUGGCAGCCUGGUUGUGGUCAAUAACAUGUGCUGUUCUGACGUUAUUCAUUCUUAGUCACGUCGAAGAAAAGCCGGGGGCAAUGCAAUGUGGACCUGAAUAUCCGAAGACAAAAAUGCACUACCUUCAUCAUGUGAUAAUUACCGGGUCAAAUAUUGUUAUCCCGUUGGCGGUGAUGUUGUUUGCCUACGCACGAAUGUAUUGGGAGUUCAGAAAACACGCGAUGCGACUCCGUCAGAAUACAACGCUGCAGUCGGAUCAGAUACUAGGUCAGCAGAUCCAGGUGACAAAGACGCUGUUCAUGGUCCUUGCGUGUUUCUUCAUCUGCUGGAUUCCCUAUGCCGUAUACUCGAGCUAUGUUUCAAGCAUCAAAAACAAAAACGAGAUUCUUGUGUGGACCAACCCGCUGGCGUAUUGUUUCAUGUAUAUGAACUCUGGAUGCAAUCCAAUAAUCUAUGGCUGGAGAAGCAAUUCGUUCAGAGAGGGGUACAAGCAGAUCCUUUGUCAACAUACAAACUACGUCGUCAGUGAUGUGUUUUUAGAAAUGCUUACGAAUAUUAAACGCCCCUCUCAGGCCUCAACUUCAGACACCAUACGGGAUGCCGAUUCGCCGAGUAUCGUAAGGAGACUAACAACUUUACUCCACCACUCGUUCAAAAACUCGCGACACUCUCUGCGAAAAUCUUCUGAGAACUCAAGCUUGACAUCUAUUUAUAGAUGCCAUUCACCUCUCGUUUCUAGUCCCACCCAUACGCUACUCCGCCGGGCCACUUCCAAAACCGCGAAAGGUAGUUCCAUUAUACGGAAAGACGGGUCUAUUAUUAUAACUAAAAAUGGCAAAAUCAUAUCCGUGCGUAGAGAUAUAGACAGAAUGAAAAGAGACAAAAGUUUCAACGGAUUUGAUGACCUUAGAAUUAAACCAGCCAAAGAAGUUUCUAGAAGUUUAUCAGAGAUAAAUAUGUUGACCAAAGAAAGAAUUGAACUUAUGAAAUUACGUAAAAGUGACGACAGUAUUAAUUCAUCCUUUCUCUCUCCUCCCGUGGUUCAGAAUGGAUUUAGUUUUGGACAUUCUUCAUUGAGUAAGAUAGACAGUGUUGACGAAACCGAAUCUGAUCCGUAUGCCAAACGCAACAAAGACAAACCUCAUACGUCCGAUAAAUCCCAGUAUCAUCAAGAUUGUACAGAUAUGAUGCAUGUUUCACAAACGGACAGUACUGCACCUUUGCUCGACCCUUCUCCCUCAGUAGUGUCUCAAUCUUCUGACAAUGUUUUUAUUGAGGCAUCUACAAAGCCUGGAUCUCAUCAUUCACAAGACUGUUUGAUCAAUAACACGCCCUUUGAAGUAACCCUCAGAGAUAAACAGUACCUGUCAAAAAGUGCUUGCUGUCUGGACAGUGAAACAAAUGCUAAGGAAGAGAAAGAUGAGCAUGUUUCAAAGAGUACCGAUGUUAUAUUUAGGGUUCCAUUACUACGAUGUCCAUCGAUAGAAAGGCUAGACAGUCCAAUGUGUAUUCCUAGAUGUUCUAGUGAGGCAGUUGUGGCCAUAAAUAAUCUUCAGACCAGAUCUCCGCUUUAUAUACGUAGGUGGCGUUCUAAUAAGAAUGUAGUCAACACGCGUAUAAAUCUGAAAUAAAAACUUAAUCACGAAAAGUUUUUACUUGAAGUUACUUUGGAAAUAAAACUGUUUUCAUAUACAUGAUAUGAAUGUGUGAUUUACUAUUGUGGUUUAGGAACUACUUUUCAAGAAUAAACCUAUCCUGGAUAUAUUUAUAUGUAAGAUUUGUUAUUAUAUUUGAUAUCGGCCAAGUAAUAUAUUUGCAUUAGCCUUUUACAUCAUACACUAUUUUAGAGCUAACAUUACGUUUAAUGUAACUGACUAGUUGUGUGUAAUUUAGCAUAGUCAGAUUAAAAUCAUAGUGAUUGUAACGUUAUCAGCGGUGGUUCAUCAUCGGCGGAGGUUUGCACAAGUUUUAAACGUUUGGCCAAAAUUCAGAACGUCAUGUCUAUUUCUAUAUUUGGAUAAGUAGUGCACCUGAUGUUAACGACAAUACGCAUAUGUGUAGCUUAAAUAAAAUGAACAGCGACAAGCCAAGUAGCUGUACGAUAUCGAGGUUAUCACAGGGCUUAUCUUAUCACUUCAGAAAUUACAUUUGGUAGCGUUAUGGGCUUUGUAUAAUUGUGAACGGACCGGCGUUUGCAACCGCUCACUGCUCUUUCGUUUUCAUUAAACAUAUGUUUUUUUUGUAUUGUUAAUUCAUUGAUGUUGUUUAAGGCAUACAAAAAUAAAUAAUUGUUUUGUA